GAUGGCAUUGCUAUCGCUCCUUCUAGCCGACUCUGUGCGCUUUCCGCUCCUCCAAGUCAUCCGAGUGGUUUCUGUCGCCGUUAAACCAUCCCUUUGUCGAAUCUUAUUCUUCCCACUUCUCUGCGCGGUCGUCUUUACCAUCGUUUUUGUGCCUUUCGAGCACCCUCUUGCACCCAUGGCUGAGUGGGGCAUGGUUGGAUCAGCGAUUCUCGCCCUCGUUCAGUCCUCGCAUUUCAUCUUGCUGUCGGAACCCCAGCUCGAAUUCAGGCGCAACAAGCAAUCGAAGCCAACCGCCGUCGACCUCACGUUCAUCCAACGACUCGGAUGGUCGGUCAAUCUCUUCUUCAAUUUCCGUGGCGUCAAUUGGUCGUGUGAGGUUCCUGGUCUCAAGCAUUCGUCGCUUUCGCGCUGGGCAUUCGUCAAGUCCAAGGCCAAGGAAGCAGCAAUCUUCUAUCUUCUUACGGACGCAACGUUUCUCCUCGUCCGCCGUAACUCCGCCUUGUCAGGGGAGGGCGAGAGGUUGGAUGCGCACGGAUUUUUGUGGCAACCGUGGAACGUGGUCGUUACGUGGGCCUUCAUGUAUGUGGGCACACGCUGGCAACACACAAUGGGUGCAGCUGCCUUCGUCGCACUUGGCUUUUCGGCGCCUGAUGACUGGCCCCCGUUGUUUGGGCCUUUGUCAGAGACAACGACGUUGAGGAAAUUCUGGGGGAAAACAUGGCAUCAGUGUCUCCGCAUGAUGCUCACCUCGCACGGACGGUACCUUGCUCAUCGCAUCUUCAAAUUUCGCAAAGGAGGCCUCCUGUCCUCUUACACUCAACUCUACACCGCCUUCUUCCUCUCCGGCCUCAUACAUGCCUUCACCGAGUUUCCCUACGAUCGUAAACUCACUACCAACGCCCCAGUAGCGUACUUUUUCUGGGUCCAAGCGGUGGGUAUCACCCUCGAAGACACUGUACUGGCGCUCGGCAGAAGACUCGGUAUGAGACACGUCCCGAAGAUCGUUGGAUAUACUUGGGUUGUAUUUUGGAUGGGCUUGACCAGCCCUUUGUGGUUGCAAAUUCAUAAUUCGAGGGGUCGGAACGUCUUUGCUUUCUCUUUGAUUAGUACUUUUUUUUCAUG